GUCCGUGGCCGAGGCGUUGUGAAAUCAUGGCAGCUCGUGAUAGCGGCAAAUGGCCGCCGUUGGCCGCCGUGCUGUUUCAGUGUGACAACUCGUUACGCGCAUGACGUUCGGCCACGGGUACGCGUAGGCGCACACGGCGUGCACAAGUGCCGCGUAUGUACGUGUCGUCGUAGCCGUCGACGAGAUCGUCGUCCCCGCCGUCGCCGUCGUUGUCGUCGAGGUGGUGCAGUACUCGCGAGUAGCGAUGUGAGCGUCGGUGACGGCCAACGCGGACGCUUGCUUACACGUAAGCCGAGCGCGGUACGCGAGCGGUCGGCUGGCUGGCGAUGAACGGCGCGAGAACGAAUCGCGGCAUCACGGUGAUGAAAUCAGUGUCCGAGGGUGAGCUGGGCGUGGAGGAAAAGGUUAAAUUCGUCGAGUCGCGCGGAGCGUCGCGGCUCAAGCGUACUUUUACACUGCCGAGAAACCCGUUUCAAAGUGCCAGCAGCAGGAUGUCGCGACGACGUCCGAAGCAACAGCAGCAACAGCAACAGCAGCAGCAGCAGCAGCAACAAAUUCGCAGCGACAUGAAGGACAGCAACAACGGCGCGCCGUCCGCCAAGGAGAACACCAGGAGCAACGCGCGCCACGCGGAUGGCGCGCAGCAGCAUCAUCCGCAACAGCAACAGCAACAGCAACAGCAACAACGGGCGAACGCGACGACGGGUAGACUGCACGGCGGUCAGACCGGCCAGUUGCAGGACUGUCAGGAACGGUCGUGCGGCAAGAAGGUGUUUCGCAGGCCCUCCUGGAAGAAAUUCAUCAAUAAGAUGGUGCGGCACAUGUCGAGCAUGGGUGCGCAGAGCUACAAGGCUGCGUCGCACCAUCGCGGCGACGACCUCGGCUCGAGCGCGGGCGACAUCAGGGUGCCGCCGCCGCGACCGGCGCACAUCCCGGCCGACCGAGUGCCGGGUGUCAUAGGCCUGCGCAACCACGGCAACACGUGCUUCAUGAACGCCGUGCUGCAGUGCCUCUCGCACACCGACAUCCUCGCCGAGUACUUCGUCCUCGACCAGUACAAGGUCGACCUGUCGCGGCGCAACAAGAUCAACUCGAAGAAGUACGGCACCAAGGGCGAGAUCACCGAGCAACUGGCCUUGCUGCUCAAGGCCAUCUGGAGCUGUCAGUACGACCCGGAGAUGAGCACCGCGUUCAAGAGCGUCGUCGACAAGUACGGCAGCCAGUACCGCGGCAAUUUGCAGCACGACGCGCAGGAAUUCCUACUGUGGCUGCUCGACAAGGUGCACGAGGACCUCAAUCAGGCGACCAAGAAGAAGUACAAGAUCAUUAAGAACUCGUUUGGCAGACCGGAUGACAUUGUCGCCGCAGAGACUCUGGCGAAUCACGUUCGCUGUAACAACUCCUUCGUACAUGCCGUAUUUCAAGCACAAUUCCGGUCUAGCCUGACUUGUCCAAGAUGUCACCGGCAAUCGAACACCUUCGACCCCUUCCUGUGCGUGUCAGUGCCAGUUCCGCAAAAUCAUCGCCAAGUGAACUUCUUCGUGAACGUCCUCUAUACGUCUCAACAACCACGGCAAGUCAAGAUUGGCGUGAGUGUGAAUCAAGCGGCCAAUGUGAGAGAGCUCAGAGAAAUUCUGGCCAGUGACACUGGAGUGGACGAGAAUCACAUGCUGUUGACCGAGAUCCAUGACGAAGGAUUUCACAGGACCUUCUCUGACUGUCAACCUUUGUCCGCGAUUAUGGAGAACGAUCCACUCUACUGCAUCGAGUUACCGCAGUUGAAGGAACCUACAGAGCAGGCGUACAUCUUGCUGGUGUGGAUCAACGUGCUGGUGAAGGGAGACCUGAGACAACGAUUCGGCAGCCCGUACACCAUGCAGGUGUCGCGUGAAACGUCCUACGAAGAUCUGCAGAAGCUGUUGCUCAAAGAGAUGCACAGUACGCUGGCAGACGACGUCCUCACGACCAGUCAGAGUCCGGGUCUCUUCAACAUCCGCGUGGCCGAUCCAGCCGCGACGCCGAUUCAAGAUGAACAUCCUUGCAUCGAUCCGUGCGUGGAACAUCCGCUCUACACGGAACAGAUUGAGCAAGCGUUGGCACUCUGCGCCGAUGACUCAGGCCCACAACAUGUGAAACUGAUACUUGAGUGGGACGAGGCGACCAAACGCAAUAUCAUACAAGACGAUAGCGACCAGAUCGAGGAGCACGCCAGUGUGAAACAAUUAAAGACCAAUUCCGAGCUCGGUGGCGCGGUGACCCUGGAGGAGUGCUUCGAUCUGUACACGCGAGCGGAGAUAUUGGGCGCCGAGGACGCAUGGCACUGUCCCUAUUGUAACAAGAAGCAAGAGGUUGUGAAGAAGCUGGGCCUCUGGUCAUUGCCCGAUAUACUAGUCAUACACCUGAAGCGAUUCCGUCAGCAGUCGAAGCAACGCUCGACGUCCAAGUUAACCAUGCUGGUGGACUUCCCCCUGUACGGCUUCGACAUGACGCCGCAUCUUGCCCACAAUGGAGUCCAAGCGACCCACAACAACGUCACCACUCUGGGCGGCUUGGGCUGGUCGCCGUGGAAGAAACCACGACCGCGACAGCACAAUAUCCCCAAAUACGACGAGAAUGUGUACGAUCUCUAUGCUAUAUGCAACCAUCACGGGCAGGAUCUUCAAGGUGGGCAUUACACAGCGUUCUGUAGAAAUCCGUACGACACGCAGUGGUAUUGCUUCGACGACACACGCGUGGAGACGGUCAACGACACUAAUCUCAUCACGAACGCGGCAUACAUGCUGUUCUAUCAGCGCAGAGGUCUGACCCACAACUCCACCGGGAACUCGUCCGCGGCCUCUACAAGUUCAGCCGGCUCAGGCCUGGAUCAUUGGGUGUCGAAGAUGCCGCCGUUUCAUUUCAACAACAAAAGUAACGCUAACGUGACGAACAACAAGCAGAGCAAGUCGCAAGAGAUGUUGUGUCAGGAGAAGAUUGUCGAGGAGAAAAACAUGACCAAUUUUUCCAGAGGUUGUCGUAAUUACGCGACUUUGCAGCCAAAGAAGAGGAACGCGGCGACGGAAACCGACAUCGGACAAAUCGAUCAUUAUUCUGACGACGAAGCGCCCUGCAGAAGGGAAUGGGCCUCCCCGAAACCCGUACGGAAGACUUCGUCUAUCACAUUGACACCGCAUAUACCGCCGGCUAUCAUCCAAAAUGCUAGCAGCGAUCCAAAUACAACAGUGAUACACGAAUCCACGUUGUAACACACAAUCUAAGCCAGACUGAGAAGUCUGGCUCGAGCGAUGCUCAAUGCACAGUGCCUGGUGAUGUGCCGUGAUGUGUUUCGAAUAACAUCGAGUGACGAGAUAUGACAGAGAAAAGAACGGAUAAUUUCGGUAGAAUGUGAGUCCGUUAUUUUUCGAUUACCGAACGAUUUCAUCUAGAGUGCGACAAAUCUCGUUCUUUCACUUCGAAUUUAUAUAGAAAUGCUUUUUUGUACGGGCGUGCCAGAGAUGACCAUAGAUUUCCGGCAGCUUGCCUCUCCUUGCGAAUGCGAACUGGGAGAGAAGCGUAUGAUAAAUCUCUACAGGUAAUUUUUCGAGAACGGUAGAAAUAACGAGGCAUUAUUAAUUUUUGUAAUUGUAAUACCAUAUUUGUAUACAGCUCGCGUGGAUUGUAUUAUAUAUGAUAGCUGCUAAGGUAGCUUUUUAAAAAGGAAAAAAAAAAAGACAAAUCUUAUACACAUGAUAAAAAAACUCGCGAAUCGUUGAGCGAAGGGAAGACCUCUAGUGUUUAUAUAUUUAGAUCAUCGACGCGCAAUAGGCCAUUAUAAAAUCUACCUAUGUCCAGAGAGAAGGCAAAACAAUUAUGAAGAAGUUUCGUGCAAUUAUAACGCGUCUAUAAUGUGAUUAAGUCAAUGUAAAUAUCGUUCGCAAUGUGUCACCUUACAAUGAAAGUAUAUGACAAUAACAAUUGUACGUUACAGUUCUGCAUUAAUAUUUACAACACUCGUUUCUUCGUAAUCGAUCGUUUCUGGACAUACUGUGUAGCUGCUGACCAUGCUUUGAAUCUGUGCUUAACUGUAAUAUUUAUAUUAUACUUGUAUCAUCCACUAGUGGCCUUAUCUCGAUAAUUAAUACUGAUACACGUGUCAUUAUUAGCAUAUUAAUCAUAUUUAUCAUUUCGAGCGUUUUAUUUUAGACAUUGAGACUUUUUGCUAAAGUCACGAAGCUAUAAUUAUUAGUUCCGCAAUCCUUCUCUGAUUUGCAUUAUGUAGAAAA